AGAAAUCGUUUGGCAUUGCGCGCAGACAACGACAGCGACGCUGACGUCGACGGCGCUGGUGCGAAAUUAAACUACAAAUAAAACUAACAAAAAACUAGGAAUAAUACACACUAAAUAUAAGUAUCUGUGCGGUCUAUAAACAUCGUUGCACCCUUAUGCUACCCAAUCAUUCGCGUUUCUGAGCUGCUUCAAUACAAAACAUUAUCUAAGCGCCAAAAAAAAAAAAAAAAAAACUUUCAAAGAUAAUAUUUUACAGUCAGCAUGUGAAAUUAAGACUCGACCUUACCAAAUUUAUGCACAGUUCUUGCCAACACAACAAAACUUAACGAAGGUUCCUAAAAUAGAAAAAAUAUAGAAUAGUAUAGAAAAAUUGAAGAAUUUUAGACGUGCUAAAAAGUUUCUAAGUCAUCAGCCAAAAUACUCGCGCAACACCUGAAAACAUGACAGCACUGGGAUUACUCGUGUUAUCAAUGAUGGGUUACACCCAGCAAAUGCAGCAGGCCGUCACGGAGGGUGGGGUACACAGCGCCCGGCUGCUGUCCCGAACAGACUGGGGUGCCCGCAUGCCCAAGCAGGUGGAUUACUUCACCGGACCCGCCCCCUAUGUCAUCAUACACCAUUCGUAUAUACCAGCCGCAUGCUACAGUACGCCGGAUUGUAUGCGUAGCAUGCGUGACAUUCAGAUCUUCCAUCAGGAUGAUCGUGGAUGGAAUGACAUUGGCUAUAGUUUUGGCAUCGGUGGCGAUGGCAUGAUCUAUACUGGACGUGGAUUUAAUGUGGUUGGUGCUCAUGCGCCAAAAUACAAUGACAAAAGUGUGGGCAUUGUGCUCAUUGGCGAUUGGAGAACUGAACUGCCGCCGGCACGUAUGCUCCAGGCAGCAAAGGAUUUGAUUGCAUUUGGAGUAGCCCAGGGUUACAUUGAUCCAGACUACAAGCUGCUGGGUCAUAGGCAGGUGCGCGAUACCGAGUGUCCUGGUGGUAAGCUCUUCCAGGAGAUAUCCACGUGGCCCAAGUUCACUCGACUGAACACAACGGAGGCGCCGCACGAGGUCAAAAAGGUUUAAAGCACAACUACAACAGCAACAACAACAACAACAACAACAGAAGCUAAAUGUUAACAAUCAGCUGAGAGUUCAGGGACUCCCAUAUACAGUAUUUCAUAAGGUUUGGUGUGUCAUGAACAGAACAGAGCACAAAUAAACACAACUACUAGAAUUACGUUAAAAG